AUGGAUUCGUUCAAAGGACCUUGCCCUCAUCAGAGUGUUCCUGUUGAGAUGGACGAGAGCAUGACAUCCUCCAGUCUGGACUUGGCCUGGCCUCACCCUUGCCAGCAGUGUAGUGGAGAUACAGAGUCGAGCAAAAGGCAGCCGAACCAGGGGUGUGAGCGAACUGGGGGAGUAGACCAGUGGAGACUCCCUCAGGACCAUCACCGGCCUGACCCAAGAACUUCCAUUCACACUGCCCCUGAAUCUCACUUCGUCUCCCAAAUACACUCAGGACAGAUGACACCCCCUAACCCUGCAGAUGUUGGGCCUCAUGCUUACAGAUACGUGCGGGCCCCCCUUGUUGAGCAAAGGAGAGGCUUUGCAGGCUCUUCAAACUGGCACCAGGGCCACUCUGUGGAGGAGGCAGAAAGCUUGGAGCCCCCUCUCCCACUCAUGUCUGACAUUAACUGCCCCCACUAUAUCCCUCAACUACACCCAGCAGCACGUGUGCCAGCUCAGUACCGAGAUCCAGUGAAGUGGAGUUGUCUCAGACAAUAUCCACGUCACCCUCCAGCAAAUCCGCCCCGUCACAAUUAUAAUAAUUGCCAUCAUCACAAUCCACGAGAGGAGCCUCAGCAUCACCAUCAGUCCUGGAAUGCCCCCCAAAAUUGGCAGCGACCCAAUGAUGCCCCUGUGCCUCAGCCUGUGGCGCCUGCUAGGGACACGAUGCAUGAGGUCAGCGUGAACUGCCCCUUCCAGCCAGGUCCAGGACCAGACACAAGGGAGAUCAGGAAGACUAUCAGUCUCCCUGAGGAGUGUAGGAAUGUUUUCAUCACAUAUUCAGUGGACACAGCCAGAGAAAUGAUUCCUUUCACCAAAUUUCUGAGUGAUCAGGGAUUCAAACCAGUUAUUGACAUGUUUCAAAGCACAGUCCGAGCAAUGGGGAUCACCAGAUGGAUGGACAGAUAUUUGAACGAUAAAUCAGUCCUCAUCAUUGUGGUCAUCAGCCCCCAGUACAAGGAGGAUGUGGAGGGACAUGGUGAUGAUGACCAUGGACUGCACACCAAGUACAUUCACAACCAGAUCCAAAAUGAGUUCAUCCAACAAGGCUGCCUGAACUUCAGACUCGUACCUGUGUUGUUUCCCAAUGCAACCAAGAGACAUGUCCCAAACUGGCUCCAGAGCACCAGGGUCUUCCGUUGGCCCCAGGACACACAGGACCUGCUGCUGCGCCUGCUCAGGGAGGAGCGCUACAUCAUUCCAGAGAGGGCCGCUGACCUCACCCUCACUGUUCGUCCAGUCUGA